GUGUAGGUCUUCGCCUGCCAGUCACGCUACAGUGCCGAUAACUAUGCCAAAUUUCUCGUGGCACUUUGAUUCAAGAUUCUCUACCCGUUGAUGUCAUUUUCUCCCAUCUCGACCGCGUCCUCGCUGGGAAAACUGGGGUCAGCUGUCCAGAGGGCCCCUGUCUCCGUCAUUACAAGACAUGCAAAACGGUAGCCCGAACGGAAUUUUACUCCAAGAUGAAAGCGUGACCCCCGAAAUCGCCGCCAUCCCGUCCGAUGUCCUUCCCACGGAGCUUCCGACACCUUCUGUGACCCGCGACUCGAUUCCUGCUGUUCUCCAAACCGAAGACGACGGACCUGUUACCGACCAUCCCGACGGACCUCCAUCGAAGAGGCGUAAGCUCGCGAGUUCUACACCCUCUCGUCGCUCGUCCUCCCGUCCAGCUUCGCCCCCUUGGAAGAAGGCCGGCCACGAUGGGCCGACAUCUUUCAUUCAGGAUGGCAGGCGCAAGUCGUCGCGAGUCAACGCGCUUCCUCUCGAGCUGCAGAGUCCGUCCUCCGAUAAAAGACACACACGUGCGGCCCAGAAUAAGACUGUAAUUAAAAAUACGUCAUCUGGCUCGAAAGGAAUUGCGUCGUCGCCAUUUUCCACCUCAACGCAGUCAGAGCGGAAUGGAAGGUCUACAGCUGGCAAUGGCUUGGUCAACGGUUCUACUCGAACUACCGCAACAAGGAGGUCUACAGGGAGACAAAGUUUGAUAUCGCAAUCGUCGGCAUCCAAGCAGCUUCAGACCCGCACGAGAUCGCACAGCUCUAGCACUUCGCGUCGAGUUUCCCAGGGCGGUAUCAAUGGCUCCACUCGACACAGUCGUUCGUCCUUGAAUACAAGUACAUAUGUCACUGCAAAAGAUGAGGACGGCUCAGACCAAGAGGUCGAACAUGGCAGUUAUGAUGAUUUUGUUGAUGAUCCCGACCAGCCAGUACCGCGCCUGCGGAUCAAAGUCAAGCGACCGGUGAUUGAGAUUCAGCAUCCAUCCCAUGUUCUGCCGCCCCGAAAAUACGGCUCAUUCAAGGAAUGGCUGGAUAGCGAUGACAGUAAGACAAGGGACCCCGCCGUUCUCGCGCCAGCCGAAGCGCUUGAGGAGGCUCUGAAGCGACGCCGAAUUGCAUUAGCGGCGGAGCCGGGGGGCCUCUUGAGCCCGGAAGUAUGCUCUGCGUUCUUACCAGAGCAGCAGGAGGAACCGCCCCAGCAGUAUUCUCAUCAAGACCAUCUCGUGGCCCACGUAUCUUACUUCAAAAAACUUCUUGAUCAAGAGCAUAGACGUCAUCGCAAUACGGCGAGACUGUUCGCUCAGUGGUGUGCCGAUGCAUGGAGGAAGCGCAACAAAGAUCCGGAAGAUAUUCUCCGGGAGCAACAGGAGGAGAUAAGAGGGAAGCGUAAACAGCUGGCCAAGGAUCUUCAGAAAAUGUUUGACCUAGCACGGGCCGAGGUUGAUAGGGUGCGUUUAGCACGCUGGGAGGAAGAGCGAAAAGCAGAAGACCAACAGGCGUUGGAUCGUGCGAUCAAACAAUCAACGAUGCUCUUUGAGAAGAGACGUAUGGAAAUCCUCGGUGAAGCCGAGAGUGACGCCCUCGAUUCAAGCGACGGGGAGCAAGCGGGGUCAGAUGACCUGUCAGAUGACGGAGAAGACGAAGAUAAUAUGUCCUCAUCAGACUCUGAGAGCGAGGACGGUAACGAUGUUGAUGAUGAUGAGGGCUUAACAGCCGAGGAGCUACGGUCAAAAUACGCCAAUCUUCCGGAAGCCGCUGUUCACUCCGAUCAUGACUCCGUGGUCACUGACGACCCGGCUUCUGUCACUGGUGGCGAGACUUCAGAAAUUGAUCGUGCGUUAGAUGGCGUUGAGGAUUCACUCAACCCGUCUACGAAGGCCCAAUCCGAGCAGUAUAUUGAGCUCGAGGAAGUUGAUCCAAUGCUCAUGGACGAUAGCGAAGACGAGUCCACUGACAUGGACGAUGACGACAUGAGUAGCAGUGAGGAAUAUGACGAGGCGGACUCAGAAGAGGAAAACAACAAUGGGCCUGGAUUGUUGGGAUUUUUCUCGUCUAAGGAUAUUGCUCUGGACGAUGAAAGCGAUGACGAAGUUGUCACUGAUAACGAUGCCGAAGCUGAUGCAAAGGUAGCAUCAGGUGGUGAGGAAGAUGAUGAGGAGCCAGAAGACCCUGAUGAAGUCUCCCUUGUACCAAAUGGACCCGCAAGAGAUCCAUUCGCGUCGCCCGGAAUCUCCAAGGCUUCGCCUGCGCCCGUCCGUUGCCCCCAGCCUGCUUCCGAACUCACUCCUGAAUCCACUUCUGAAUCCACUCCUGAAUCCACUCCUGGUGAAUUCGAAACGUCAGACUUCGAGAUGACGGAUGCGGCUGCCCUCGAAACCUCGGAUCUAGCAAUCGAACCUGAGGUGCAAAACCAAGCAAGCCAUGGCGAAGAUUUUAACCACUCUGAAGAACCUGAUGUCUUUCCGAGUAAGGAGCCGUCCAGUGAAGCAUCCCCAGGAACCAUUGCCACGAAACCUUCUGAACCGGAAUCUGUUUCGUCAUACGAAACGCCGGAACAGCAGCUACAGACCAUGGACCCCUCAGCUCCCGGACUGAAGACCCCGGUUCCGCAUCUGCUCCGGGGGACCCUGCGAGAAUAUCAACACUUUGGCUUGGACUGGCUAGCUGGCCUCUAUACGAACCACAUCAAUGGAAUUCUUGCCGAUGAGAUGGGUCUUGGCAAGACCAUUCAAACAAUAGCUUUGUUGGCACAUUUGGCUGUUGAGCAUGAAGUCUGGGGCCCUCACUUGGUGGUAGUUCCCACGAGUGUAAUCCUCAACUGGGAGAUGGAGUUCAAGAAAUGGUGCCCAGGCUUCAAAAUCAUGACCUACUAUGGAAAUCAAGAAGAGCGUCGGCAAAAGCGCAAGGGCUGGAUGGAUGAUACGAGUUGGAAUGUAUUAAUCACUUCUUACCAGCUUGUCUUACAGGACCAGCAGGUGUUGAAAAGGAGAGGCUGGCACUAUAUGAUUCUCGACGAAGCUCAUAACAUCAAGAAUUUCCGUUCUCAGAGGUGGCAAGCGCUGCUCACCUUUAGGACCAGGGCUCGUCUUUUGCUCACCGGGACGCCCCUUCAGAACAAUCUGACUGAACUAUGGUCCUUACUUUUCUUCUUAAUGCCGUCAGACAGCGACGAGGAGGGCAUGGAGGCCUUUGCAGAUCUGAGAAAUUUCUCCGAGUGGUUCCGACGCCCAGUCGAGCAAAUCCUGGAGCAUGGCCGGGAGACAAUGGAUGACGAAGCCAAAAAAGUUGUCACCAAGCUUCACACUGUUCUGCGACCCUACAUUCUGCGUCGCCUGAAGGCCGAUGUUGAGAAGCAAAUGCCAGCCAAGUACGAACAUGUUGUUUACUGCCGACUCUCCAAGCGCCAGCGGUAUUUGUAUGAUGGAUUUAUGUCUAGGGCGCAGACCAAAGAGACUCUUGCUUCGGGCAACUACCUCUCCAUCAUCAACUGCCUGAUGCAACUGCGCAAAGUCUGCAACCACCCCGAUCUCUUUGAGACACGUCCAAUUUCGACGUCGUUUGCUAUGUCGCGCUCUGUGGCGACUGAAUAUGAGAUCAAGGAUCUUCUCGUGCGCCGACGCUUGUUGUAUGAACAUCCGCUCACAAAACUCGACCUGGACUUUCUCAAUCUGGUUCCCAUCUCUCGCGAAGAUAUCUCCCGCAGGCUAGCGGAUGACAGUACUAGGCUCAUGGCGUACGGCCCUUUCAACACGCUACGGGAGCAGCAAUAUCAUCGCACCAAUUGGCAGAUGAUCUUCAACGGCUCGAGCGUGCAGUCCACCUUAGAUGCUUUGGAGAACGAGUCCAGGAAAAGGAGAAUGGCGGAAUUAGAGCGGUGUCUCUACUUUGAAUCGAAACGACACGGCCGCCGCCCGGUAUACGGGUCGAGCCUCAUUGAGUUUCUCACGGCAGACAGCAAGCAGCGACCGACUUCCAAAGGCCCCUUGCGAAAACGCUCCCUAGCGGACUGGCUGUCAAGCCGCUCAUCCGUUCUCGCAUCGAUGAUCUUGUCAAUCGAAGAACGUUCCCAGGCAAUGGAUGGCUACGUUCAGCGAUUUGCUUGUGUUACCCCUGCAGCAGUUGCUGCCGGGGUCACCGCGGCAGCCUUGACCCCCAUUGAAACCCGACAUCUCACCAAGAAAGAACGCUUUCCACCCUAUGAUCCAUUCCAUGAAGCACAGAUGCGAUUGUCAAUCGCCUUCCCGGACAAGAGACUUUUGCAGUACGACUGUGGCAAGUUGCAACGACUCGACAAGCUACUUCGAGAUCUCAAAGCGGGCGGACACAGGGCUUUGAUCUUCACUCAGAUGACGAAGAUGCUUGACAUUCUGGAACAAUUCCUGAACAUUCACGGCCACCGCUACUUAAGAUUGGACGGCACCACCAAAGUCGAGCAGCGUCAGAUUCUCACUGAUCGGUUCAACAACGACAACCGCAUUUUGGCAUUCAUUCUAUCCAGUCGUUCUGGUGGCUUGGGUAUCAAUUUGACUGGCGCCGAUACCGUGAUCUUCUAUGAUCUGGACUGGAACCCGGCCAUGGACAAGCAGUGCCAGGAUCGUUGUCACCGUAUUGGACAAACUCGCGAUGUCCACAUCUACCGGUUUGUCUCUGAGUACACGAUUGAAUCCAACAUCCUCCGCAAAGCUAAUCAGAAGCGGAUGUUGGACGACGUUGUCAUUCAAGAGGGUGAGUUUACCACUGACUACUUUACCAAGCUGGAUGUCCGCGACAUGAUCAACAGCGACGAUGUGCCCGAGAGUCAAGAUGAAGCCAGCGCUGCGAUGGAUCGGGUGCUCGAGAAUCGGGUCUCCGGCAGUGCUCGGGUUUUCGAACAAGCCGAAGACAAGGAGGAUAUUGACGCAGCUAAAAAUGCUCAAAAGGAGUUGGAGCACGCUGACGAUGGCGACUUUGAUGAUCGUACUCCCGGCCAGACGCAGGCCAGUACGCCGCUUGCGACUGCGGGGGUUUCCAUAGGAGACGAUGAAGCCUCGGGUACUCCUGGGCCACAACUCUUGACUACGCCACAAGUUCACACCGUGGACGAAUCUGUGGAUGUUGAGCCCCAGCUCGGCCAUGUCGAUGACUACUUGCUUCGGUUUAUGGAGUGGAAUAUGAAGGAUGAGCCACUCGUUUUGCCGGCAGACAAGAGCAAAUCGAAGUCUAAGAAGGGCAAAGAGCACCGUCUUCGGAAGCGACGACGCUGAGGAAGGCCCAUUAUGCAGUUCUCUUGUAAGCAAGUACGGAAGCGCAAGCCUCCAUGUGUAUGUGUAUGCGUGUUUGACAUUAAUGACUUCUACCUUCUACACCUGUGUGCUUUAUCCUAGCACACAUUGUUUACUGCCUUCUCUUCUCACGCUGUUCUUCCUUCUCCUCUCACGUUUUUCGUGCACAAGCCAGGCGAUGAGAAAGACAGGGUUGGAGUUUAGCGGGCGUCUCGUGUUUUAUAUAUCUGGGAAAGAAAGGAAACAUGGCGAAACCCAGAGAAGAACAAGAAACAAGUAGAUAACUGUUGGUUUUGUUACCCCC